UUGAUUAAUCCAACAAGUUACCAUUGCGACGCAGUUCGCGGCGUCGAAGGAAAUCCGUUAUAAUCAUGUUGUUUUCCACGCGACCUCAAGCUGUGCUGGUCGGGUACUGUUAGGGUCCCGCUUCUCUCCCUCCACGAUUUCGCGGGAAAGUUAUCGCCAAGCGUCGUCGUCCUUGUUGAGAAAAUCGGGAAAAGAUCAUCAAAUCCAGGGACAGUCGGGAAAUUGUACGUCGGUAAAAAUGUCGAAAGGGUUGCUAAACACGUGUGAGGAGCUGUACGGGACCAAAGAUUUGUACGAGCUGUUCAGCAUCGACAAAAAGGCCUCGGAACAGGAAAUCAAGAAAGCCUACUACCGUUUGUCCCUCAAAACGCACCCUGACCGGGUGCCGGAAGACGACAAGCAAACGGCCACGGAACGGUUCAAGGUGCUGAGCAAGCUGUACAGCGUACUGGCCGAUAAGGAUAAACGGGCAUUGUAUGACGAACGCGGGAUCGUGGACGAUGAGGGCGAGAACGAAGCGGACACCUGGAAGCUGCGCUGGCAAAACCUGUUCAAGCCGCUCACCGACGAGGAUAUCGACAAUUUCAUGAAGUCGUACGUGGGAUCGGAGCUGGAACGAACCGACAUCAAAAAGGCAUAUCUGAACGGACGCGGAUGCAUCAAUUACAUGAACCAGACGGUUCCCUUCAUGAGCUGCGAGGAUGAGCCACGUGUGGCCAAGAUUGUGCAGGAGCUGAUCGAUGCCGGUGAAGUACCGGCGUACGAUGCGUUCCUGAAGGAGCCCAAAGCAAAGCGCGAUCGCCGCCACAAGAAGUACGCUCGUGAAGCAAAGCUUGCCUCCGAGGUGAAGCGCCAGCGCGAUGAAGAAAGCGAACUGUCCUCGUUGCGCAAACAGCUUGCGGUUAGGAACCAGGAGCGAAAGGGCACAUUCGAAUCAAUGAUUGCUUCCCUCGAAGCACGGUAUGGCUCGGCCAAUGGGGACGACGAUGAGGAGGAGUUCGUACUGGCAUCUUCAAAGAAAUCUCGUUCUAGCAGCGCCAAAAAGGCAAAAACCACCACAGCAAAGACGGCCACUGCUGCUAAAGGCACCCGUAAGAGUACGCGUACUGCUAAAUCUUAGUUCUUGUACCCUGUUUUUUUGUCCAAAUUCCAAUAAAUCAAAUAAGACUACAACUGAUAUUAUCUAAGUGAAAAAGAAAUAAAUUCAUGGAUUGUGUAGUAAUA